AUGCGCUCCUCUCUGCAGCUACUGGCCCUCUCGGCCAUGCCAAUUGCCCAGGUCUCUGCUGAGCGAGUCCUCGGAGCUUAUGUCUUUGCGCGCCACGGUGACCGCACCGCAAAGAUCCUCAAGAACACCCAGCUCACGGACCUGGGAUACAGCCAGGUCUACACGACUGGCUCUUCCUACCAUGGCCGCUACAUCAACUCGACCUCGUCGCAACACAUCGACGGCAUUAGCGAGCAGCUCGUCGACCUCAGCCAGCUCACUGCGUCUGCUCCCGCCGAUGCCGUGCUCCAGAACUCUGCCACCGGGUUUUUGCAGGGUGUCUACCCACCUGUUGGCUCCAUUUCUAGCCAGGAGCUCGCCGAUGGCACAACGGUCCAAGCUCCAUUGAACGGCUACCAGCUCAUCCCACUCUCCCUGAUCGACUCGGGAGUCAGCAGCGAAGACAGCACCUGGCUGCAAUUGACCACAGACUGCCAGAACGCCAUCGCAAGCAGCGAUAGCUACUACAGCUCCGAGCUGUACAACACCCUCCUCGAGUCGACAAGGGACUUCUACCAGUCCCUCGCCCCGCUCAUUAACACCUCCUUCUCGGAGUCCGACAUGAGCUUCAAGAACGCCUACGCAAUCUUCGACUACCUCAACGUCGGCUCCAUCCACAACACCUCCAACACCCCGACAGAGGCCCAGCUCAAGCAGGCCUUCCUUCUCGCCAACAUCGAGCAGUACAACCUCGCCUACAACACCUCGGAGCCCAUCCGCGCUAUUGCGGGGUCCAAUCUCGCUGCCGAAAUGCUCAUGGGCCUCAACGAGACCGUCACAUCCAAGGGCGAAGUCAAGCUCCACGUCGAGUUUGGCUCCUAUGGCACUUUCCUCUCGUACUUUGGUCUCGCUAAACUCCCCGCUGCGGAUGCGGAUUUCACCGGAAUCCCGGACUAUGCUUCCUCGAUGGUCUGGGAGCUCGUCACAAACUCGACCUCCGACUCCUUCCCGGAGACUUCGGACAUCAGCGUCCGCUUCGCCUUUCACAAUGGUACGCUGACCGCGGACUCGGCGCCCACGGAGUUCCCGCUGUACCGCCAGUCCAGCGCUACGAUUCCCUGGUCGAAGUUCGUUGAGCAGACGAAGGAGAUUGCCGUUAUGACCACCGAGCAAUUCUGUGAGGUUUGCGGGAACACGGAUGGGCAGUGUGCUUCAUCUUCCUCUUCUUCAUCGGACUCGAGCUCUGCGUCUGCGGAUGCUGCGUCGAAGCGUGAUGGUGGUGUUUCGAAGCCUGUGGCUGGUGUCAUUGGUGCUAUGGUCACGCUGGCUGUUAUUUUGGGUCUCCAGGCCGCUUUCUUCCUGCUGGGUGGGUUCCGCAUCACGAAGAAGGGUGCUGCUGCUGCUGCUGCUGCUGCGGAGAUUGCUGAGAACAAGGCCUCUGCCUAG